AUGGAUGUUAGCUCCCGAGCAAAUAACAAGAAGGGGACUAGUCUCCGGGUGUCGAAGUCGAGUCAUAGCGUGAAUACGAGCACAUGGGAUGGCAAAAGACCACAUCACAAGAAGAAAUCCCAUGGCCAUCGAAAAGCGGUGGAAGAGCUCCUGGACCAACUUCAAGUGAUUCCAAUUCCGGGAAAAGGCGACGCUGGAUACAAAGGGGUCGAUGAAAAAAUGUCAGAGAACCCAAAUCCCCAACCAAGUGAAGCGAAGGAGGGACCGAUACCGGCUGUGGCAGUGCAGGAGGCAGCAAUGGCUCCGGCGGCGGCCGCGAUUAAUUGA